AUGACCGGGCGAGCCAGAGCGAGAGCACGAGGAAGGGCUUGCGGUCAGGAGACGGUGCGGCACGUGGGGGCCCCUGCUAGUCAGCCCCCCGGCUUCGUCCAGCCUCGGCCUCAGCAGCCGGCAGCAGAGGGGGAGUUAGUUGGCCGUGGACGACAGAGAGGAGCAGGCGGAGCGCCGGCCAAGUCACAAGACCUCCAGAUAUCCGCUGGAUUUCAGGAGUUAUCGUUAGCAGAGAGGGGAGGUCGUCGUAGAGACUUUCAUGACCUUGGUGUUAACACAAGACAGAACCUAGACCACGUUAGAGAAUCAAAGACAGGGUCUUCAGGUAUUAUAGUAAGGCUGAGCACUAACCAUUUUCGACUGACGUCCCGUCCCCAGUGGGCCUUGUACCAGUAUCACAUUGACUAUAACCCGCUGAUGGAGGCCAGAAGACUCCGCUCAGCUCUUCUGUUUCAACAUGAAGAUUUAAUUGGAAGGUGUCAUGCUUUUGAUGGAACGAUAUUAUUUUUACCUAAAAGACUACAGCACAAGGUUACUGAAGUAUUUAGUCAGACCCGAAAUGGAGAGCAAGUGAGGAUAACGAUCACCUUAACAAAUGAGCUCCCACCUACAUCACCAACUUGUUUGCAGUUCUAUAACAUUAUCUUCAGGAGGCUCUUGAAGAUCAUGAAUUUACAACAAAUUGGACGGAAUUAUUAUAACCCAAGUGACCCAAUUGAUAUUCCAAAUCACAGGUUGGUGAUCUGGCCUGGCUUUACCACUUCCAUCCUCCAGUACGAAAAUAACAUCAUGCUUUGCACCGACGUCAGUCAUAAAGUCCUCCGGAGUGAAACCGUGUUAGAUUUCAUGUUCAACCUGUACCAUCAAAUAGAAGAGCAUAAAUUUCAAGAACAAGUUUCCAAAGAACUGAUAGGCUUAAUUGUUCUUACCAAGUAUAACAAUAAAACAUACAGAGUAGACGAUAUCGACUGGGACCAGAAUCCAAAGAGCACCUUCAAGAAAGCAGACGGCUCUGAAAUCAGUUUCCUAGAGUACUAUAGGAAGCAAUACAACCAAGAGAUCACGGACCUGAAGCAGCCUGUGUUGGUCAGUCAGCCCAAGAGGAGGCGAGGCCCUGGGGGCACCUUGCCGGGGCCCGCGAUGCUCAUCCCGGAGCUCUGCUAUCUCACAGGUCUAACUGAUAAGAUGCGCAACGAUUUUAACGUGAUGAAAGACUUAGCUGUCCAUACCAGACUAACUCCGGAACAGAGGCAGCGUGAAGUGGGAAGACUCAUUGACUACAUUCAUAAAGAUGAUAACGUUCAGAGGGAGCUUCGAGACUGGGGUUUGAGCUUUGACUCCAACUUACUGUCCUUCUCAGGAAGAAUUUUGCAAGCAGAAAAGAUUCACCAAGGUGGAAAAACAUUCGAUUACAAUCCACAGUUUGCAGAUUGGUCAAAAGAAACCAGAGGUGCACCGUUAAUUAGCGUGAAGCCACUGGAUAACUGGCUGCUGAUCUAUACUCGAAGGAAUUACGAAGCGGCCAAUUCGUUGAUACAGAAUCUAUUUAAAGUUACACCAGCCAUGGGCAUACAAAUGAAAAAAGCAAUAAUGAUUGAAGUGGAUGACAGAACUGAAGCUUACCUGAGAGUCCUACAGCAGAAGGUCACAUCAGAUACCCAGAUAGUUGUUUGUCUGUUGUCAAGUAAUCGGAAAGACAAAUACGAUGCUAUAAAAAAAUACUUGUGUACAGAUUGCCCUACUCCAAGUCAGUGUGUGGUAGCCCGGACCCUGGGCAAGCAGCAGACAGUCAUGGCCAUUGCGACCAAGAUCGCCCUGCAGAUGAACUGCAAGAUGGGAGGGGAGCUCUGGAGGGUCGAUAUGCCCCUGAAGCUGGCGAUGAUCGUUGGCAUCGAUUGUUAUCAUGACACCACAGCUGGACGGAGGUCAAUUGCAGGAUUUGUUGCGAGCAUCAACGAAGGGAUGACCCGCUGGUUCUCUCGCUGCGUCUUUCAAGAUCGAGGACAAGAGCUGGUAGACGGUCUCAAGGUCUGCCUCCAAGCUGCCCUGAGGGCUUGGAACAGCUGUAACCAGUACAUGCCCAGCCGGAUCAUCGUGUACCGGGACGGCGUCGGCGACGGCCAGCUCAAAACCCUGGUGAACUACGAAGUGCCGCAGUUCCUGGACUGCCUCAAGUCCGUCGGGAGAGGCUACAACCCAAGACUAACAGUAAUUGUGGUGAAAAAACGAGUGAACGCCCGAUUUUUUGCUCAGUCUGGAGGAAGACUUCAAAACCCACUUCCUGGAACAGUUAUUGAUGUGGAAGUUACCAGACCAGAGUGGUAUGACUUUUUUAUCGUGAGCCAGGCAGUGAGAAGCGGCAGCGUCUCGCCCACACACUACAAUGUCAUCUACGACAACAGCGGCCUGAAGCCGGACCACAUACAGAGGCUGACGUACAAGCUGUGUCACGUCUAUUACAACUGGCCGGGCGUCAUCCGGGUCCCGGCUCCUUGUCAGUACGCCCACAAACUGGCUUUCCUCGUGGGCCAGAGCAUUCACAGGGAGCCCAACCUGUCACUGUCCAACCGCCUGUACUACCUCUGA